GCGGUUGCUAUAAGCCAGGGUGCUGUGGAUUUGAAUGACCACACAAGAAGGUACGUAGUCUCGCAAACCAGACCCUCACGCUUGCGAGAGACUAUAAGACGACAGAAGAGACAGAGAAAAGGAGAGAGCAGAGUCCUUUCUUUACAGUGCGGAAUAAGCAGAAUUUUUUUGGACAGCUAUGAGGGUCGCUGAAGGAUUUGCAAGAAAGGUGUCACUGCCAUUUAUUGGAAUCUCAUUCAUUGGUUGGAUUGUGUUUACUGCUGGUUUUGGACGGUACAAGAAAUGGUUGAAUGACUAUGAGGAUUAUGUAAGUGUGGAGGAAUCUUACCUUUACGCCUACUGGGCAGGCAGUGUGAUUGGUCCAUUUGCACAUAUGCUGGCCGUUGCUCAUGUGUUGCUGUGGGGACUGCCCAGCUCUGUUGUUGGAAGUACUACAGCUGUGGUCUCUAUCAUGUACCUGUCAGCUGUGGGUUAUGGCAUGGUGUUCUGUGGAAUCUACAUCGAGAGCACAUCUGAUGACGAUCUUCCUGAUGUAUUAGAUGAUUUGGAUAACAGUCUCAAGCUCGUGUUUGCCGGAGGGCUUAUAACUACUCUAUUCUGGGCUGUGCACCUGGCCUUUUGGCCAUGGUUGAAGAAAAAUGAAGAUAAUGGAGGGCAAACUGGAGACUUUUCUACUUUCUGAAAUACUUUUGACUAGCCUGAACUUUGUAGCUUCUUUGCAUAUAAUAUUAUACUGCAUAGGAUGAGUUUGCAUCCUAUUGUUGACUAUAUAGCACUGUGUUCAGGAAGUGCACCAAGCUGACCUCCUUUCUAUUUGCGGUCCAAGUCUAAUGCUUAUGAGUAGACUAGUGUGCUCGUAUGCCAGCAGCACAUGCAAGGGGUCGUAGAGCGCCCGAAGCCUGCGUAACAUGGACUACCAGCUUAUUCAAAAAGUAUUACUUUGUUGUUCCUCAGCAUGGUAGCAUUCAAGGAAGCCCCGCGUAACAACUUACGAUACCACCUUAUGUAUCCCCAUAUAAUAUAGCGACGCUGGUCGCGCGCGAAGGUUUGCGCAUGCGUGGCAUUUUCUCUGCAUACGCCCCUUUUUUGUGUAGCGCGAUGUCGAAUUGGAUGCUGGAUAUAUUGUUGCUCGCUCUGUGGGCAGGGACCGGCUGUGGAUACGAGUGGGAUGAUCAUGGCUACGUUCUCUAUUGUCCUUGCAUGGGACGUUUUGGAAAUCAAGCGGCUCACUUCCUUGGAGCUCUCCGAUUUGCCAAAGAGCUGAAUCGGACUCUUGCAGUGCCUCCAUGGAGAUCAUACACACGUAAGGCCAAUGUUCCGUUUGGUGAGUUGUUUGACAUUGAGGUAGUUCAGAGGUACCACAAGUCUCUCCCACUGGAAGAGUUCAUGGUCCAGCUAGCUCCUCAGCACUGGCCACCAGGAGAGAGAGUCGGAUACUGCUACAGGUUUACACUCUCUUUGCUGCACUCUAAUAUAUAGUACAUUAUAUGCUGGCUCCUACUUUAAUAGUACAUAUUGAACCACACUUGGCUCGUAGCUACAAUCUUUUGUAGUAGCUCAUGGAUACAGUCGAACUGCCAAACAAAGGACGUGUUUAAAACGGGCCCUUUGUUCUUUCUAUGUAGGUUGUCCCUAUUUCGGAAGUUCAUCUCUAUGCUAUUUUCGUUGAUUAGUAACAUAGUUUCUGCUGUUGGGCGGUUGUCGGUUUCUCGGAGGGUCUAUUAUCAGAGGUUUGGCUGUAUGUUUCUCUAGGGCUCGUGACCGAGGUGUUAAUGACUGUCUAAUGAAGGAGGGAAACCCGUUUGGUCCGUUCUGGGACGAACUUGGGGUGGGCUUUGACAGGUCAGAGUUCACCGGUCUUGGUCACGAUGUCUACAAUGAACGGACUCGAGAUCUGUGGAAUAAAAAGUUUCCCCCCAGCCCAGCACCCAGUCCUCACCUUCAAAGGAGCCCCGGCAUCUUUCCCAGUUCAGACGUUCAACAGAGACCUCCAGAGGUAUGUGGUGUGGAACAGUCACAUCAGGGAGUGGACGGAGGACUACGUCCAGAGAGAGAUCUCCGGGGAGCCCUACAUUGCAGUCCACCUCCGGAUCGGAUCUGACUGGGGGAGACUGGCAAGUGGCUAUAGUGUAGCAUACAUUGUUAUUGAGGCCAAAGUGUUAGCGGUCCAUCUCAGAUUUAGAUGUGACUGGGAGAAGGCAUGUGAGCGUGCUGUAGGCAUGCAGUCAUUCAUGGAGUCAGACCAGUGUCUGGAGGAUAUCCCAGGAGCCACCAUCACCCAGGAGAUGUGCCUCCAGACGCACGAGCAUAUAGCCCGACGUAUCAAGUCCCUGGCCGACAGUACUGACAUCCACCACGUGUUUAUUGCCAGUGAUGUGGACAGUGGACCCCAGACUCUCCUACAUCAAGAAGAAACUGCUGGGACCUAGUAUGAAUGUGCACUAUCUGAACCCAUCAGAUGCACCCCUCGACCUAGCAGUUAUGGGCAGAGCAGUUAUGGGCAGAGCAGACUACUUCAUUGGCAACUGUGUCUCGUCAUUCACAGCCUUUGUAAAGAGAGAGAGAGACAUCCACCAUCGUCCGACAGAGUUCUUUGGAUCUUAAGAUGCAGUCCUUCCUAAGAACAACCGGGAAAUAACCGAGCUAUAGAGCUACCAUCAUCCUAUAUGUAAUAGUUAAUGUACGGAAGUCAGUGCUGUGCGCGUAAUAAUGGUACGAGGGGCGCAGCCGAGUUGCUGUAUGAUAUCGAGACCACGUUCCGAGUACCAUUAUCACGCGCACAGCACGUGCUUCCGUACAUUAAAUAAUUUAUUGUAUGCGUGGGCGAUUCAAAAGGCGGCGACCAGGAAAACCGGCGUUCAGAACGGAAGAGAGGACGAGAAGCUCGCGGAGCGCCCUUCCAGCAGCUGUUUGUGUCACCGUCUGAGUCGACCUCCGUCUACGAAAGGCCGCCGAGGCGUCAUUCCCGCAAAGCGUACGCUA